AUGCCAGUAUCUCUGAUAUCUUCCAGCCAGCAGCAGCAGCAGCACAACGACGACGAUGCAAACCACCAAGAAGCAUUUACCAAUAAUGGGGCGGGCUCACUUUCGCCUAGCUCCACUCUGAGUAGUGAUCACUUUGAAGAUCCUGCUCCUUAUGUUGUUUCACCUGAAGGUGAACGAUCCGGUGUAACGAGAGGAAGAAGGGGCUCGCUUAUGAGCAUCUUUUCCCAAGAAAUGUCCAACAAAGAUCUUCAUGAUGAGAAGGAUGAAUUGUCUGGGUACCAUGGUUCAGAUAUCAUGGGUGCGAUUCAACUAACGCGUACUCUUGGUGGGGACCAGUUUCAAGAUGAUGAAGAAGCAGUCCUCUUAAAGCUUGAGCUGGUUGCUAGCCAUCUUUCCCAAACUCUAAACCUCCAUGACAAUAAAGACAAUCAAGGUAAAGAAGAAGAACAGGAGAGCAAGCAGCAAGCGAUUGAAAAGUUGCCGGAGCUUACUAAAAAAGAAACCAUCAUGGAUACCAUUAAAAGAAACUUUUGGGACCCUGACUUUCGUGAGGAGCGGGUCAAGCAGUUUUACAGGCUUGGUUUGUUGUUGAUUCUUAUCACUAUAUUAUUCAUGGGGGUGGUGUCCAUUUAUACAGGUUCAUACUACAGCAGAAAUAAAAGAUAUAACAACUUGAAAUUUUAUAUUGUGAAUGAAGAUGCUACUGAGGGCCAACUUCCGGGGCUAAUUGGUGCUGCUACCCAAGCAGUGGGUAGCUCAUUGAAACAACAGGGUUAUGGGAACUGGGAGGUAUACAACAUGACUCAGUUCAUGCAGGAAGCCCAGAAGAAAAAUAAGACAGUUCAAGAAGAAAUCGUAUGGAAACUCUACCAUGAAAAGUGCUGGGGUAUUGCUCAUGUUGGGCCAAAUGCCACUCUUGGACUUUAUCAAGCAAUCUUGACUGGAAAUACUUCCUAUAAUCUCAGUCAAUCGGGAGUGACUUUGUACUAUGAAACAGCAAGGGAUUACAUGGCAGUGACCCUCUAUAUACGAACCCUUCUAGCUGGUUUUGAAAAAGGGUUUUAUACCGCGAUUCCAAAGGCAUUAUAUAACCCAUUGGUUAGUCAAAUAUUUACUACUUCACAACUUUCGGCAAUUACCAAUAAUACUGCUUCGAUUGACCUUCUUAUGAACCCUCCUCCCGUCACUUUGUAUGAUACAGUUCCCGUCACCUCCACUAUGAUUUUGCCAGCUCUUCAAUUGGGAAUGGUCUAUAUUCUUAUCUUUGCGUUCUUUUCGUUCUUGGUGUCGUUAAAAAUCCACAUUUUUGUCUCUAGAAAGGUUAAAGGUGUGCAUUUCCUCUUGUACAGAUUCAUCAACACUCAAAUAACUUAUCUUAUCUUGGGGCUUGCUUACAGUUCUUUGAAUGCGAUGUUUGGGGUGCCGUACGACGCGGCGUUUGGUAAAUCGGGGUUCUUGGUGCUUUGGUUCAUCACUUAUCUUGCCAUCAACGCUGUGGGGACCACCAAUGAAUUGAUGGCGUUGUAUUGUUUCACGUUUUUCCCACCAAUGGUUGGUCCUUGGGUGCUUUUGUGGACCGUGAUAAACAUCAGUCCAACGUUCUCCAUCAUUGAAUUGUGUCCUACUUUCUACCGUUACGGGUACGCGGUGCCGAUCCAUAAUCUCUACGAGGUUUUAAAAGUCAUCUUUUGUGAUCGUUGGAAAGGCCAUAUGGGGAGAAAUAUCGGGGUUUUGGUAAUUUGGGCGGUGAUUGGGAAUCUUCUUUUGCCGAUUGUUCAAACCUUGGUGGCGAGAAAGAUGAAGAAGAAGGCACAGGCGGCUGCUGCCAAAGAACAAGAAGAAAAAAGAGGUGAAACUGAUAGUGACGUUAAGGAAAAAGCUAACUUGAAAAAGGGGGAGGAGGUUGCUGAUAGCGAAUCACAAAAUGACAGUGGGUCAACCAGAGAUCAAUCAAGUGAUGAGGUGACGAGAUUAAGCCGCAACGAAUGA